AUGUCAGUUGAUACCAAUAAUGGGUAUAACACAUCUAAUGAACCACAAUUUAAAAAAAGGAAGCAAUUCAUAGUUCCAAAAAGUACUAAUCCAAUUGGUGAUGAAGGUGUCUCUGAAUGCUUUCAAAAAUUUACAACAUCCUUAUAUGUAUCGUUAGCACCAUGUCAUAUAUCUAACCCCAUUAACGGUGUUAAAUCACAACAUUUAGAUCCUUUGAUCAUGUCAUACUUUCCAAAAGCUAAAGGAGUUUGUUUAGCAUAUUCGAAUAUCAAAAUAUCUGAUGACAAUGUUACAAAAGAUACAGAUGACAAUACCAUCACUGUGGCUAAGGUAACAGAUUCGUCUCCAUUCACCUUCUUAUGGGUAUCAGUAGACUUUUUAAUAUGGAGACCUCAAGUUGGAGAUACGUUGGAAGGAUAUAUUUACAUGCAAACUGCAUCGCAUAUAGGUUUGUUAGUCCACGAUACAUUCAACGCUUCAAUUAAAAAAUUUAACAUCCCAGUUGAUUGGAAUUUUAUACCAAGUCAAGAAGAUGAAUAUUCCGAAGAAGCCAAUGAUUCUAAUAAAUUUAAAUCAUUUGGAUAUUGGGCUGAUGAAAAUAACGUUAAGAUUGAAGGUAAAUUGAAAUUUACUAUUAAAUCAAUUCAUACUACGGGCAAAGUGGUUUCAUUAGAUGGUACUUUGAUAAAACCAGGCUCAGAAAGAGACGCACAGCCUAUUUUCAGAGAACGUCGUUCAUCAUCAUCAUCGAUCACUGCAUCGCAACCUGGUAAGCACAAAAAAUUCGACGACGAGGACAUACCUACUGUUACCGAAAUUCCUGAACCAAAGGAAGAUGACUUAAGUACUUUACCUGGCUACUCUAAACAAAGUGACGAUGAAGACGAAGACAGCGCAGUCGUUAAUAAUUCGGAUUCCGAAGAAGAAGAAUCAGAUUAG